GUACCACCUUGCAUUAUCUUGAUUUACUUAUCUGUGGCGGGUACACCAGGCGCUAUGCAGUGUUCUUUCACGCAGCCGAGCGAGUCGGUCGUCCGCGGUUUCGCGAUUGCUUUUUUUUGUGCGAGUGUGUGUGUUGUGAUUGAGUGAUAACGGUUCGUGGUACCGGUGCGGUUGUUGUAAAGGUAAAUGUGAUGAGCCCUUUACUUAUAAUAAUAAAGUUGCUUUUUGUUUUCCAGUGAUAAUGCCUCGUCUAGAGCAAAGGCCGACGGAGGACUUCCGCAGGGUGCUCCGCGAGAAAGCACUGAGCCACAGUUUGUUUUAUCUGAAGCUCGGCGCAGGAGUGUCAGCGGAGCAGACUCGCGAGCCGCGCCGCCAAAACAACGUUAGUGAGAGCGCGCGCGCGCCGACGGCCGCUCGCCUCUCCCGCAAACCGCAGCCGCGAGUGUCCGAACUACUGCGACGAUUUGAACCGGGUCCGAUGCAGUAUCUCCGCCCCCCACGUGCUUCCUCUCCAUCCGAAGACAUCUCCUCCUCAGAUGACGACGACAGGGCGGCAGUCAGGCGACGUAGCCGUGACCUGAGCGACGAUUCCGCUGUCGAAUUAGAAACUAGGAGGAGACACUCGCAUCCGAGGGAUAUAACACCACCGCCUGAUGCUAUGGCUCCUAGAAGGGAGCGGACUCUUAUCGAAGCCCACGUUGUCGAGUUGGGGAGGCGUGGAAGCGAAGGAUGUGAGACUAGAGGCAGAUGCGUGAGGACACCCAGUGUGGUAGUCAGUGAUUAUUCAGAUGGCGUGGUAGCUGUUGGAGCUACAGAAGAAGAGGUCAACUGGCUAAGAUCCAGAUCGCUGUCUGCUGAUUCAGCUUGUUCCUCAUGCUCCACAUUAUCCAGCCGCGAUGACGACGAAUUCGAAGCACCUAUGCAGAAAAAGCAAUCGGAAAGAUGGCGUAAACUCCGCAACAUAGUGCAGUGGACGCCGUUCUUCCAGACUUACAAGAAACAGCGGUACCCUUGGAUCCAGUUAGCUGGUCACCAAGGGAACUUUAAGGCUGGACCUGAUCAGGGAACGAUACUUAAGAAACUGUGCCCGCAAGAGGAGACCUGUUUUAAAUUGCUGAUGAAGGAUGUGUUGCGGCCGUUCGUACCUGAAUAUAAAGGUCAAGUGACCUGCGAAGAUGGAGAAUUAUAUUUACAAUUGCAAGAUUUAUUAAGCAAUUUCGACUGCCCCUGCGUGAUGGAUUGCAAAAUUGGCGUCAGGACUUACUUAGAAGAGGAGUUGGCUAAAGCCAAAGAGAAGACAAAGCUAAGAAAAGAUAUGUACGAGAAAAUGAUACAAAUCGAUCCUAAAGCACCAACAGAAGAAGAACAUAGAAGUAAAGGAGUCACCAAGCCUCGAUACAUGAUCUGGAGAGAAACAAUCAGCUCAACAGCGACAUUGGGCUUUAGGAUAGAUGGUGUAAAGAAAGCGGACGGGACAAGCUCUAAAGACUUUAAGACGACUAAAACGAGAGAACAGAUACUAGAAGCUUUCAAGGAAUUCACUAACAACUUCUCUAGUUCUGUGCCCAAAUAUUUGGAGAGGCUGAGGAAUAUCCGUGCCACACUCCAAGAGUCACAUUUCUUUAGAACACACGAGCUCAUUGGCAGCUCACUCCUCUUCGUUCACGACAAGAAACGUGCUUCUAUCUGGAUGAUAGACUUCGCUAAGACCGUUCCCGUCCCAGAUAACGUUAACAUCGACCACAAAACCGCCUGGAAGGUCGGCAAUCACGAAGACGGUUACCUCAUAGGCCUCGACAACCUUAUCUCAAUAUUCGAGUCAUUAACAAAAGAAACAAAUAUAGAUCAGUGUUAUUCGAACUUAAGCUUAGAUUUAGAUAAAAACUUAAGACAAGAUCGCUUAGCGACUUGAUUCCUGAAGUAGUUCUCUUAGGAGACAUGACUUAUAUUCACAACGUGAUCUCCGUACUUUGGUACGGGCGUGACUCGACGUAGAUACCUUUACGUCCAAAGUUCGCGACGAUGGAACACCAUAUAUAAUAUUGAUUUGUUAUUGUAAAUAGCAUUAGUGUUACAAAACCGUUCUGUAUUAUUGUUAAGUGUUGGAAAUACUCAUUUUAGUGUAUAGGAUAAAAAAUCACCACCAAUAUCUAGUGUAUAUUUAAUUUGUAUAAAUUAGCUCUUACAUAUUCAUUAUAGUUAAAAGAUCGACUGCCUUCAAUUUAUAUAUAUAAAAUGUUAUAAUGAUACAAACUGAUGCACCAAAUAAUUUGAUAUUAUCAUUUAAUUUGAUUAUAAAGACAAGACUUCAAAUUUGAACUGGUAAUUGCAAUGUGUUCCAUUUAUUUUUGUUACAUGCAAAUUUGCUACGUUAUUUAUUUUGUUGUAAGUACACUAUAUUAGUGUAAAUAUUAUAGAUCCUACAGUAUAGUUUUGAUAGCAAAUACACAUAAAGACUAAUCACGAUCACUGUCAACGGUGGUACUAAUUAAAUUAUAUCACUU